CCUAAACGCGGUCAGUAGGUUACGCAACUUCGCGACGUGCGCGUCGUCGUCGUCGUCGUUAUUCAGCGGCAGCGCGGCGUCGGGUCGAUUUGACGCCGACGGAGGAGGUGCGGUCGGUCGUCGAUGCGGCAACGAGUUUCGAGCGCGCAAAAUGGCGCCCACGCGUGUAAUCCUGAUGUCGUGCGGCAGUUAUAACCCGCCGACAAAUAUGCACCUGCGGAUGUUCGAAAUUGCACGAGACCAUCUGCACCGAAUGGGAACGCACGUUGUCGUCGGCGGAGUGAUCUCCCCGGUGCACGAUGCGUACGCCAAGAAAGAGCUGGCCAGCGCUACCCACAGAUGCGCGUUGCUGCGACUGGCGUUGCAGAAUAGCGACUGGAUUCGGCUGAGCACAUGGGAGACGAGGCAGAAUUGUUGGACAAAGACCCGCAUGUGCUUGCAGCAUCAUCAAAAUCUGCUCAACUCCAUGCUAUCCAAUUCCAAUGAUAUCAAGCACCACCUGCAGAUAGAAGACACCGACUGGAUUCCGGAGAAUGUGAAAAACAGCUCGGACAAUACGCCGAUACAGAUCAAAUUGCUGUGCGGCGCGGACCUUCUGGAGAGCUUCGGCAUUUGUGGACUUUGGCUGGAAGAAGAUAUCGACGCGAUUGUCGGCGAGCAUGGUCUUGUGGUCAUCACCAGAGAGGGUUCUAAUCCCAACAAGUUCAUUUAUGAUUCUGACAUCCUCUCCAAGCAUAUGAACAACAUUUGCAUCGUGACCGAAUGGAUCCCGAACGAAGUUAGCUCAACGAGAAUCAGACGAGCUUUGAAGCGCGGCGAAAGCGUUAGGUACCUGCUGCAGGACUCUGUUAUCGAUUACAUCUACAAGCACGAGAUCUACGACGUGAGAUUGCCGGACACGACAAUUAAGUUGGAACUGCCGUCGCCGAAUGCGAACAAUUAUCUGCACAUAGAUCCCCGAUACCUAAGCGCAUUCCUAACGCCGUCGCCCAGCGAUGUGACCAUGGGCACGCCGAGCCCGGUCGAGAUCGCCGCGUGUAUUGACGUGCCGGACGCGGUGGUGCUACGCAAAAACCUGCAGAACGCCGCGGGCGGUGGUGGGCUCGACGAGAUUCGCGAGCAUAUCGUUAGCGUGAUCAGCAGCAACGCCGACAACGGCAACGUCAAGCACGUGUCUAGAGCCGCGUAUCCCGGUCAGGCGAAACAGAUCAUCGCCAGCGCGACCGGCGUCGCGCGAAUCGUAGACGAGGUAGGUGCGGUUGACGACCCGUUGGCGAGGUCCCGGCCCGGUCCUUCGUCAGAAGACGAUCGUAGAUCGAUAGACAGUGCCGCGCGUAAAGCUAGUACUGGACAGAGAGAGGUCUCCAAUUUCGGAUCCGCGACGGAAAUCAUUGACGUGGACUUAGGUUCGAACGAUGAUCAUGAGAUAAUAGUAAAAAUUCAACCUGUGUCUUCGAGCCCUAGCGAAUUGGUGUCGAGUGAGGAUCGUAGGUCGACGGUAGACGCUAUCGCGGGGGAUAUGGAAAUUGUUGAUGUGGAUUUAGGCACGAACGAGAUAAUCACGAGAGUUCAACCUGGUCAGCCGAGUUCCGCUGAACUCUUGUCAAAAGAAUGUUCUAGGUCGAUAAUGAAAAAUGCGGUAAAGGGUAAAACUGAGAUUGGACAGAAAGAGGCCUUAGAUUUGAGAUCUAAGAUGGAAGUUGCUGAUGUAGAUUUAGAUUCGAAUGAUCGCGAAUUAAUGAAGAUUCAACCUAGCGAGUCGAGUUCCGGCGAGCUUCGAUUAGGAGAAUGUUGCUGGCCGAAAAGAGAAGACGCUGUGAAUGAUGAAGUUCAAGCUCGCGAUAGAAAAAGCGUUUCUCAGAAGAAAAUAAUCGAUGUAGAGUUAGGUUUAGAUGAUAAGAACGCGCUGAAAGAAACACGUAGGUCUACGGUAGAAGCGAUCAAUGACGAUGAGGCAGGUCCGGAUCGGUCUAGUUUAAGCAGAAUUGGGUCGGAAAAGAGCCCCAGGGUAAAAAGUGCCGAAGGAAAAGUUGACGUUAGCGACAAAGAAAUAGUUGACGAGUUUACCAAUGUUGUUAAGGUUCAGCCUGUUCAUUCCAGUCAUGGCAUACUCAUAAAGGACGACCGUAGAUUAAUGAUAGAAAAACUUACGAACGAGCUUAAAAUGAAGCUUGACGAGGAUAAGAAUAAGUUUAAAGAAAUUUCACAGCUAGAUAAGGUAGGUAAAGAUACAGAACUAACUGAACCUAGUGCAAAGGGAGAUACGAAGAGUAAUGUCGAAGUCGACUCCAGAAAAGAGACAGCCGAUUUCGAAUCGGAUAGAACUGAGUAUCUAGAAGUCAGGGCGAUAACUUCGUCGCUAAACAUCUCAAUGACGUCAUUGGACGGUCGCCACGAAUGUGCCCUCUCCGAUUUCAGCGUAGACAAGGAAGACUAUCUUAGCCAAUAUGGUUCCGACGAGGAUGAAGAAGGAAAGAGGAAGCCUGUAUAUACUGCCAGAUUGAAUUUAACGAAAUACGCUGACGGCCAAAUAGAAGAUGUGACAGAUAGCAUAGCUGAUUCUGUGAAUGAUCGCGAGAGUAGCGUCAGAAAGAGCGACACUCAAUCAUAUAGUGAUCAAGUAUCGAUCGAUUCGACGAUUCCUAAGAGUCGAAAAGAUUCCUUCACAACUGAGGAAGUCGAUGAUAAUCGCGCAAAGUCUUUCGAAGAAGCGUAUCAAUUGAAGUAUGUCGUGGAAGAAUCACUUUCAGUGGCAGAAGUAGGCGAUAAGGAUAAUAAUCUCGAAGGCGGAGAACGGACAGAAGAAAUAUUUAGGAUGUCGCGAGAGCCUGACAAGACGAGCGGAACGGAGAAAGAAUCAGAGUUGGAUACAUGUUCCUCGGAAAAACGGACGGCAUCUUGCGAUUCGAGUCUCGAGAUAGACGGCAAGUAUCUGAAAUCGAUCGUGAACUCCCGCAAAAGUCCGAGGAAGAUCAGGGAAGGUCAGUCAAGCGACGUCGAGGUCAAGGAGCAACAUCGAUUCACCGACGAUCCACAGGUGCUUCAAUCUGAAGCGCUCCAAAGUUCUUCCACGAGGAGCGCCGAAAGAGUCAAGGAAGACCAGACUUGUGAUGAGAAAGAUAUCGAGGAGAAAAGUCAAAUUGUCAAGGACCGAGAGGUGUUCCGUGCGGAAAAAGUCUUCCAAGGUCCUCCUUCGAGAUCAUCCUCCGCGAAGACGAGGAGUUCCAGAAAAGUCGAGGAGCUUCAAACCGACGAAAGCGAACCAAAGGAUCAUGAUAAAUCUAUUAGUGAUCGUGAGAUGCCUCGAUCCAGGAAGUCAUCUCAAAAGUCUUCGAAAAUGUCUACAAAAAGCCCCAAAAAGAAAAGCCAAAUCGUUUACAAAACCGACGAUGCGAAAGAUUACGAUCGAUCCGUCAACGAUCGCGUUAUCUCUCAACUGGAGGAAAUCUUUCUGGAUUCUUCAAAGAAGUCUUCAGCGAAAAUGGAAAGUCCCAAAAAAGAUCCCGCGAGCCACGUCGAAAUGAAGAAGCAAAAUCGAUUUGCCGAUAAUCGAGAGACGUCGCGCACCGAAGAGCUCUCUCAGCAUUCCUCGAAAACGUCUUCCAUGAAGAGCCCGAAGAAGACUCAAACUUCGAAGGCUGUGAAACUGAACGACAACAAGGCGCAGGAAGCUAUAAAGACGGCGAAAAACGACGAAAACAAAACGAAGUGCGACUUCAACGACAUUAAGGACGUGUACACGCGGAAGGUGCGACGUUACAACGUGCCUCUUCAGGGCAGCUUGGACUCGAUGAUCGUGUCCGAAGAAACGUCCGCGCAGAAGCCGAAGAAGGACGACGCGUUCUCGAAGAAGUCGAAGAGCUACGAGUCGAUCAAGCGCAUCCAGGAGGUGUUUCUGGGCGUGCCGCCGACGAAGGCGAACAGCAGUGGCUCGCAGCUCGACAUUCCGGACGAGUUCUGCUCGAUCUGCUGUUACAUGAACGAGAUCACCUUCCGGACGGAGGAGGAAGUGAGCAGCCCGAAUCAGGAGACGUUCUACACGCUCAGAUCGGCCUGCAGCUCGCUGGCCGACGACGACGACGAUUCCAUCGAGUGCGACAUUUGCGGAUCGCUUAACCUACAGGAGUCCGCCGACGAUCUUGACGGCAAAAUUCAGGAGAUUCCCUGCGAGCUCUGCAAGAUCUGCGGCGAGGUGGACGGCAGUUUCGAUCAGGAUUCCGCGUUACCGGCGGAUAGAUACACCUACAAGAUGAUAGAGCCGCACCGAUACGACGACGACAGCUUCGAGAUUGAGAACUGCGGUUUUCAGAGCGGUACGGAAUCGGCGGACGAUCGAAGCAGGAUCUCCGAUAAAGAGAGAGUCAAGGAUCCCGGAAAAUCGAAAUCGCAGUCCCUGUUCAUUCACGGCUCUUCGAUGAACAAGGAUCAGCCGCGGGAGUUGUACUUCAUACCCAAGGACGAAAUCGCGAUCUUGACGAGCGGAGCCAGGAAGGUCAACCGCAAAGGCUCCUUGUUCAGAAAAAAGGAGGAUUCCGGCGGAAGUGCGCGAGAUAAGAGACGAUACUCUUCGGUGGACAGUCUCCAACUGGCGAAGAUGGCCUCGAAGGCGAGUGAUAACGUGCUCAAGGUCGCGAACAAUACAACAACGCUUGGGUCUGCUGAUAAUCUACGGAUAUCGAGAGGAGACUCGAAAAGAUCAAAAUCUCUGCAGAGAUCGACCGAUGAUGUGGACAAGUCUGAACGCCUGAACAAGUCGACCGACAAUCUGAAUUCGCAGACGGAAAAUCUGGGAAAGGAAAAUGAAGCUGAAGACUCGGCUCAGAAACAAAACAUCCGAGACAAGGAGGAAGUGAAGAUGAUUCUCACGCAGCACGGAAUCAAGAUUAUCAGCGAGAAGGAGACUGCCUUAUAAUCAGAAUUGGCCGAGUAUUCGUAAGUGAUUUGAUUAUGUGAAGAAAGGAAGCUGAAGUAUUUUACGCAGCUGGGACAUUAGAAAUUACAUGAAAUACGAUAUGUGCGAACGAAGAGCACUGAAUAACAUAUAACAAUAACGUGUGACAAAAAUCUUUAUAGAGAGAAGAGAAUUCUUUCGUGGAAUUUAUGUAAACCGAAUAAGUACCUAAGUAAGUAAUCGAGAAGAAUGUGCGAAAUUUUUCCGUAGUGGCUUAGAACCCAAAAUAUAUACAGGGCGCGCGCGAUAUAGAACUUUAGAAAUAUAUAUUAAUAGAUGGAUUUAAUUGUUACGGAAGCUUCAUCGGUUUUUGGACACAAGUAUUUCCGCGCACGUACAGCUACUUUGAUAAAAGCCGAUAAAUCUUUUAUAACGAGAUAAUAUGUAAUUAUAUUUAAAUAUAUUAUACGGGAUAUCAGGGAUUAAAUUUAUAUGUAUAAUUCUGAGACACCCUGUAUAAUUGUUUAAAUAUAAUUUAAUGUACGCAUUUGUGUGACACAUUAUGCAGAACUGCAAAACAGAUAUUAACUGAUUGGUAUAUUGCUAAAAUUUAUUGAUGAUUAACAAGAAAGAUUUAAUAAUUACUUAAUAUAUAAAAUAUAUUUAAUAAUUAAUUUAA